AUGCCUUCGAACGCGACUACAACCCCAACUGCCCCUGCAUCAGAAGUCGUCGCCGGCGGGCCCGCAACUGCACGAGCGCCCGCAAAACGGCCUGCCGAGACCCCUGCUGUCUCUGCCGGCUCAUCGGUCUUCAAGCGCGCCAAGGUAGAGCUCGAAGAAGACCUUGCAUCGCAAGACAAGGAAGAGCUCGUAGCCUUGGUGGAAAAGUACCACAGACUGUAUAUCCAGUCCGAGGCUACCUUAGAGAAUGCGUCUCAAAUCCGGCAGACGAUUCAAACAAGAUUUGAGGAGCUGGAGAAGAAAGUGGAACGCGAGAGGGUCGAGUGGAAAGAAGAAACAGAUCAGCUGAAGAAGAACCUCAGCUUUUGGAAGGGCAAAGCGUUUUCGAUGACGACGAUGAAGACGAAGAAGAGGGUUAUGGGGAGGAAUGCGACUGCAUAG